CUUGAAAGUUGGGAUAAAUCAAGAAUUGGGAUACUCCGCUCCUCAUAUCUAUUAUCUAAUUCCAGCCGCCAAGCAUUCACAGCACUAUCCAGGAAAACCUUAUCCGUACAUUUGCAGAAAACCCAGGUUCUUGCCCCUCCAUUUUCCCAUAGUCUAAUCCAAGAAUGGGUAUCCGUGCCAAGAGCAAUUUCGAUCGAUCAAGGACGAUAUGGACACCCGAGAUGGAUCGAUAUUUCAUCGAUCUCAUGUUGGAGCAACUCAAUAAAGGUAAUAGGUUCGAUGAUCAUGUUUUCAGCAAAACGGCAUGGAUGAACAUGAAUUCAUCGUUCAACGAGAGGUUCAAGUUCGAAUACGAGAUGGAUGUGCUGAAAAACCGGCACAAAACGCUGAGGAAUCUGUACAAAGCUGUUAAGAACCUGUUGAAUCAGAAGGGUUUUAACUGGGAUUCGACUCGACAAAUGGUGAUUGCCGAGAAUAAAAUCUGGGAUGAAUAUAUCAAGGUAAACCCAGAUGUGCGUCCUUACAGAGUUAAAACUAUUCCUUACUACGAUGAUCUGGGUAUUAUAUAUGGAGAUAAUUCAGCUAGGAAAAAGGGCUUUAAUUUGCCCAAGACAUUAUCACACUCAGGUGACGAUAUAACAGGAUCUUCUGCUCAACCAGAAUGUGCCAAUAAAGGAACUGUGGAGGCUGUUCAUGAAAUUGUUGUGGUUGAUGAUUGUAUCUCUUUGCGACAAGAAGUGGAAGACACAACAGAGAUGACGCUGAAUGCAACAACAAACCCACUAUAUAGUCGUACUAGAACGUACUGGCAACCACCAAUGGACCGGUUUUUCAUUGAUCUUAUGCUUGAGCAAUUGCAGAAUGGGAACCAGAUUGAUGGUGUAUUUUGCAAGGAGGCAUGGACAGAGAUGAUUGCUUCAUUUAAUGCAAAAUUCGGUUUUAAUUAUGACGUGGACAUACUAAAGAAUCGGUAUAAAACUCUAAGAAGACAAUAUAAUGUAAUAAAGAAUCUUCUUCAACUGGAUGGAUUUACUUGGGACGAUGACCGUCAAAUGGUGAUUGCUGAUGAUAGUGUAUGGCAAGACUACAUCAAGGGACAUAAGGAUGCACGGCAAUUCAUGACUCGACCGGUGCCGUACUAUAAAGACCUGUGUUUGAUAUGCAAUUCCCCAUAUCCUGCUGGAAGUGAUUGCUUUUCCCUUCAAUGUACGGAACCAGAAAACGGGGUUCAAGAUGCGAAGCUGGGGCAAGCAACCAAGUGUUCUUUGUCUCCUGUAACAUCUUUUUCGGGUGAAGAUGAAAUCGGUGAUGUGCUGGAGCCAGCACAUCGGGAUUCAAACACAACUGGAUCUAACCCGAAGUGCAAACGCCCACCAGAAAACAAGUUAAAUUCUUCACAUACAAAGAAAUCACGAGGCAAAGAUGAUGGCAUGGCCAGCGCUCUCCGAGAGAUGGCAAGCAUGGUUUCGUCUUUAACGGAGAAGAAGGAUGACGAGAACACCAACCCCAUUCCGAUAGAGAAUGUGAUUAGAGCAGUACAGGCACUACCUGACAUGGACGAAGACCUUAUAUUGGAUGCAUGUGACUUGCUGGAAGACGAAAUAAAAGCAAAAACUUUUAUGGCAUUGGAUGUUAAACUGAGGAAGAAGUGGCUGCUACGGAAGCUUCGUCCUCAGCAGUGAGUUUAAUCGAGUUGUGUCUAGUUUCAAUGGAAUGGUUUAGAUAUGUGUCAUAGUGAAUGUAAAUUCAGUGAGUAGAGUCAGAGUUAGCAAGUAAUUUGGCAGACUAAAGUUUCAAGAAUCUUAUGAAAAUGGCCGAGAAAGUCUAAAUAUUUGCUACGAUGUAUAUGUGUAUAUAUAGAAAUAAGCUUAUAUUUUAAUUUGAAUAUGAAUUCGGCUUUGAAUAUAA